AUGGUCCGUGAUGGAUACAAGUCACCAUUUACAUACCGUAACCUGUUAAUACUAGGCAAGAUGCCGGGAACAAUAUCAGAUGGACCUUCUGUCACCAUGAGUUUCGCAAAUAACUUUUGGGGAAAGGAUGACGCUGGUGUUGAGCCACUGAUACAGCGUAUGGUUCAUGCUAAACAAACUUGUGAUGAAUUGAAAUCUUUCUACAAUGCUCGUGCCGCCCUGGAGGAGGAAUAUGCUCGUAAAUUACUCCAAUUAUCACGAAAACCAUUGGGAUCCCAGGAGUCAGGAACUCUGCGCAAAUCAUUAGAUGUUCUGAAGGCGGAGGUUGAAGCGAUGGGAAAAGCACAUCAAACAAUUGCUGGACAAAUGAAAACCGAGUUGGAGGAGCCGCUGGCGGCUUUUGCCGGUGCAAUGAAGGAGAGAAGAAAGAUUGUUCAGCAUGGCACGGAAAAAUUACUGAAAAUCAAGGUACAACAGACAAAUCAGGUCAAUAAAGUAAGGCACCCUAACUUUAAUCUUGAAUAUUACUUACCUCAAUGUCAGACGCGAGACAAAUAUGAACAAGAAUGCCUCAAGAUUAAAGGAUACCUCGCCCAAGGACAUAUGGUAAUGGGACAGGAAGAACGAAAAAAUAAAGCCAAGCUCGAGAAAACCCAAGUGAACUUAGCGGCGUCGAAUACCGAGUACGAAAAUGCAGUCAAGAUCCUCGAGGAAACAACAGGCCGCUGGAACAGAGACUGGAAAUCGGCCGCCGACAAGUUCCAAGAUCUUGAGGAGGAGAGACUUGAUUUCAUGAAGAGUAGCUUAUGGAGCUUUGCGAACAUUGCUUCCACGGUUUGUGUAAGCGACGAUGCUUCUUGCGAGAAGGUUCGCCUCGCGCUUGAAGAUUGCGAGGUAGAGAAAGAUAUUAUGUCUUUCAUAGCUGAAUGUGGAACUGGACAGGAAAUUCCGGAUCCGCCAAAGUACAUUAAUUUCUGUCGCGGUGAUGCUGAUUCACAAUCUGAGGCUUCUGAGGACGACGCUUACUCAGUGGCACAAUUUCAACGCACUAUUAACCCAGCCUACAGAAGUUCGUCACCACAACCAUCCACCUACGAGUCUCACCACGAUCCUCAAUCAGCUCUUGCUAAGGACUUGGCUCAUGAGGUUGAAAUGCCAAAAGGUCGAGAUACAACCGCCACUCCUCAGAAACUUACGGCAUCAAAUUCGACCCCGGACAGAUCACGACAUGCCCAAGUCGAGGAUUACGAACCAGAACCUCCUGCACAGGCCCCACCUCAAGUGGAGUAUCAACAACCAGCCAGACCUAGAGCGCAAUCUCAGGCUGGUUAUUCACAAACCGGCCGAGCUCGUACCCAGCCUCAAAUCGAUUAUCAGCAGUCUGGAAGGCAAAGACAGCAACCUCAGCAAGAUUACCAACAAGCCGAAAGGCAAAGGCAGCCAGUGCACACUAAUCAUCAACAGGCAGAGAGGCAAAGGAAACAAUCCGUCGAUUAUCAACAAAUUGACAGACAACAACAGAGCGAAAGACAGAAGCAGGCACAAGCUCAAGCUCAAGCGCACGCUCAGGCUCAAGCUAAUUACCGUCAACAAGAACGCCCGAAACAAUCUCAGCUUGAAUAUACUCCUCAAAUUUUGCAACAGCCCCAACUUGAUUACCAACGUCCUGAAAGUUCUAGGUUACCGAAGAUGGACUGGUCAAAACCAAUUCAAAUGCCAUACGAACAGCAACAAGGCCAGUUGGUUCCCAAACAAGGCCAAAUUGCUCAAGUGCCUCACAACCCUCAUCCUACGGAUGGCAUGACAAUGUUGUGUCGAACGGGGCCUUCCUCAGCACCGUCAGAUAUGAGCUCCGCCGCGAAUAGCCCAGUAAGGCCAUCUAGUCGGGAUUCUCAAAGUGAUUAUUCAAACCCUACCUCAUUCUCAAGCCAGGAACCUCAAAGUGGCAAAACAUCACCGGUGAAGCAAAGCGCCCCGAUCAUUGAGAAGCCGAUCCAGAAGAGAAAGAGUGGGAUCUUUCAUAGUCCAUUCAGACGAAAGAGCACCAAGGGUGGAGAAGAAGUAGCUGCUGUCGCCAAGCCAGCCGCGUCAAAUCGCAGUACUUGGUCCGGUCGGAACACCAAUGUUCAGAGUACUUCAUCUAGACGACCUACUUCAAGGAUGAUACAGCCAGCACCACAAACUAUGAUGCUAACUGACCGACCUAGCAAUAGCCCGGAGCCCGUCGAUCCACGGGCCAAUUUUCAACUGAAUAUUGGAAAUAAUGUUUUUGAUGUCGCAGCACCUGAGAAAAAGAACAAUUUUGCUCAAAGUGCCCCUGCUGCAAGCCAAGCAGUUGAGGAAUCUGACCCCAUAGCUCAAGCUCUUGCUGAUCUCAAAAUUGUCACCAAGGCAUCGUCUACUAGGGUGUCUGCUGAUAAAUAUCACGGCGUCGCUACUCCCGCUCCUGAUGCAGCACCCACCUCAAGACCUAUAGGAUCUCAAAUGGUGAAUGGAGCUUUGAUGGCCGGUAUGCGCGGUACUCCCCCACCAUCUUACGAUCCAACUCCUGUUGAGAGACUCGGCCUUCCGUCGCCUGCCUUCACCUCGAAGUCAAUGCAGCAAACUCGUCAAAAGUAUGUCGACCAAACAGCAAACAUGUUUAGUGCUCCCCAACCAAGGCCAGAUUCACAGCAAGCUGGGUAUGGCUCACGCCCGGGAACAAGGGGAUCAGAUAUGCCCCGAGCAACAUCACCAGCGCCUCCUCGAAGUGUUUCACCUCGACCUGGAGCACAAGGACAAGCCCACAGAUCUGCUUCUCCCAAGUACGCCGGAAGCACACACUCUCGUACCGGAUCCGCUCCUCAGCAAAAACGGGGCUCUGACACUUAUUAUCAGCGUAAUUCUCCAAGUAUUUCUACUCGUGGUGUCUCGCCGGUUCCAUAUGCACAGCAGGAAAGACCCAAUAGUAGCCAUGUAAAAGCUCCCUUCCAGCAACAAGAGAGGCCUAGCAGCAGUCAUGUCAAGGCUCCAUUUGCACAACAAGAUAGGCCUUCCAGUAGUCAUUCACACAACAGCAUGGCAAUACAAUUAGCACCUGGUCCUGAUGAUGGUUAUGGUUCUCAAGGACGAAGCGGCAGUAGAGCCAGUGCCGGUUCCAGAGCCAUGAGCUACUAUGGCGGUGGAAACGAUCAACAAUUGACGGCUCGAAGCAGAAGUAAAAGUGUUGCAGAUGUUCGCCAGUUCAAUAGUCAAGGUCGACCUAUUUUACAUUUUGCUCGGGCACUUUACAUGUAUCAAGCGGCUAUCCCCGAAGAACUAAGUUUUGCAAAGGGAGAUAUCCUUGCGGUUAUGACGCAUCAAGAUGAUGGAUGGUGGGAGGCGGAAGUAGCUGGAAAGAAUGGUCGACCGGGCUUGGUGCCAAGUAAUUAUCUACAAAACUGUUGA